CAAAAUGGUCCAAACCCUUGCAAUAAAACGGCCUCAAAUAAAACCACUCGACCCAAAUCACCAACAUGCCGAACCAAACCGGGUCAUCUUUUUCCUCGAACAUAAUCCCCAUUAUUGCCGGAACCAUUGUCGCCCUAUCACUAUUUUGGGCUUUCAGGCCCAUAAUCACCUUCACUUUCACAUCUCCAAACACCACCACCACUUUCAACACCGGAGUCAACACUUACAACAUAUUCUCCGGUCCCACCAUCAGCGGUCAUGAAUUUAACCAUACCCACGACCCACCCGAACCCACAUUCUACGACGACCCGGAUCUAACAUACACCAUCAACAAGCCCAUAAAAAACUGGGACGAAAAACGACGAGAAUGGCUAUGGCUACACCCCUCUUUCAUAUCCGGUAUAGAGAAACGGGUCAUGUUAGUAACCGGGUCACAAACCGGCCCGUGCCAGAACCCGGUUGGAGAUCAUUUGUUAUUGAGAUUUUUCAAGAACAAAGUUGACUACUGCCGGAUACACGGGUACGAUAUUAUCUACAACAACCUACUCUUCCAUCCCAAGAUGUUCACUUACUGGGCCAAGAUUCCGUCGGUUCGGGCCACGAUGUUGGCCCACCCCGAAGCCGAAUGGAUCAUGUGGGCCGACGCAGAUGCGGUUUUUACCGAUAUGGAUUUUAAGAUACCGUUACAACGUUAUAAAAACCAUAAUUUUGUUGUGCACGGGUGGCCGGAUCUUAUCUACAAGAACAAAAGCUGGACCGGGUUGAACGCGGGCGUUUUUUUGAUCCGCAACAGUCAAUGGGCUUUUGAUUUCAUGGAUGUUUGGUCGGGUAUGGGUCCGCAGACUCCGAAUUAUGAAAAGUGGGGCGAAAUAUUGCGUGAAACAUGCAAGGAUAAAACUAGACCCGAAUCCGAUGAUCAAACGGGUCUGGUUUAUUUGUUAUUAAAAGAAAAAGAAAAAUGGGGGGAUAAAAUUUAUAUUGAAGAUGGGUAUUAUUUGGAGGGGUAUUGGAAGAACAUAGUGGGAAAAGUGGAAAGAAUAACGGAGAAAUAUAACGGCGUUAUGAAAUCGGAGCGUGGGUUAAGGAGGCGACAUGCUGAAAAGGUGAGGGGCUAUUCUGCGUUGUGGGAGGCGUAUUUGGAAGGGGAGGGUUGGAGACGGCCGUUUAUGACGCAUUUUAGAGGGUGUCAGCUGUGUAGUGGUACACAUAACGGGUUGUACACUCGGCAUAGUUGUUUGGACGCUAUGGAGAAGGUGUUGAACUUUGCGGACAAUCAGGUGUUGCGGAGUUAUGGUUUUGUGCACACGAGUUUAGGGGAUUCGGAGUCGGUGAUGCCUCUCCCGUUUGAUUAUCCCGCCUGAGGGAGUUAUACGUAUGUUGUUUGUAAAGAUUAAAGUUGGUGUAGUUUGCAAUUAUAAUAAGCUUUUGGGGUUUUUUUCUAGUUUUUAUUUUUUGGAAAGGGGGUUAUG